CCAAUGAGAACACACCAUCUGUAAACAUGGCGUCUGACUUCAGGUUGAGAUGUGUAACGUUAGUGCUCCUUGUGUGCACGUAUUUGUUUUGCGUUUUAGCGACUGCCAGCAAAGGUGAACCCAAGAAAAAGAAGGAUAUCCGAGAUUACAAUGACGCAGACAUGGCCCGGCUCCUGGAACAAUGGGAGCAGGAUGACGACAUUGAAGAAGGUGAUCUUCCAGAACACAAAAGGUCUCCUCCUCCCAUCGAUUUCACCAAGGUUGACCCCUCCAAGCCAGAGGAGCUGCUCAAGAUGUCCAAGAAGGGCAAGACUUUGAUGGUUUUUGCUACAGUCUCAGGGGAUCCCACUGAGAAAGAGACAGAGGAGAUCACAGGCCUGUGGCAGGGCAGCCUCUUCAAUGCCAACUUUGACAUACAGAGGUUUGUGGUGGGCUCUAACAGGGUCAUCUUCAUGCUGCGGGAUGGUAGUUUGGCCUGGGAGAUCAAAGACUUCCUUGUGGCCCAGGAACGCUGCAUGGAUGUCACCGUGGAGGGACAAGUGUUCCCAGGGAAGGCUGCCAAGAAGGACGAUGCCAAAUACAAGCAGCAGAAUGAAGUCAGUGCCAAGAAGAACAAGAAGAAGACGCAGAGCAAGAAGGCCGACUUGGAGGGGAACAGCGCCAGCUAUCUGAAGGAGGAGCUGUGAUGAAAUAACAUGGAGGGAGAUGAUGAAUCAUCGGUCCCUCUUCUUCUGACCUUUAACAAUAUGAGGGGCUGCCGGACCAUGUUCAGAUGCAGUGCUUCAGAGUCAACGGAAUGAAUGAACUCAUUCCCGUACCGCUGAACCGGUAUAAUAACUGAAACACGUCGCAGUGACAAGUACUUUUUUGCAAUCUUUUUUGCAAGAGAGUGGUAACAAGUUCUUUAAAAUCAGUUGUAAAACCAGCAUUGUCCAAUUUCUUUAUUUUUUGUUGUUAGACUGUCACCCAAUGAAAACCAAUACAUGCACAUAUUGUUUGAAAGGCAAUCAAGGCAAGAAUCAUGAAUCUUUUUUGUGUGUUUUUUCCCCUGUUCCAAGACCCAUGUUAGGUACAGGAAGUGAGUCAUUCAUCAGACCAUCAGGUCCUGUUAUGUGUUGUGUUUUUUUUUAUUCACAUCAAGCAGCACUUCCAAGAUUUGAUCCGAACGUAGCACACACUCAUUGUUUAAUUUUUCACAGAAUAUGAAAAUAAACAUUUUUAUACUACUGUA